AUGUGCAGUACCAGCCUGGGCCCUGCGAUCGCUACUCCUCAGCCCCGUCGACAUAUUAUUAUUAUUUCCACCACCACCACCACCACCACCACCACCAACCACUCUGCUCACGCCCUACUCGUUGCUGUUCCCUUCAGCAACACCGUUUUCCUCCACCCACCGACGCCCUCUCUCCCUCCUGCUCUCUCACACCCGCCCACCUACCCACACGCCGUCGUCUACAGCGGGCCACGACGGCCACGAGGAGGCGGACCCGACGCGAUCGCGUGGGACGAAGCGGAGCGGCCGCGAGAGGAGGACUGCGAUAUGCCCUCGGACUUGCGGCCAGAGCGUUCACGGCCCAAGAGCUACCAGCACCAACCGCUGCUGGCAGGAGACAAGCGGACGAGCCAUGACAGCCCGACACGACCUGCCGGUCUGGCAGCUCGCCGGUCAUCGCAUUUCCGGGAGAGGGAUCCGGAGGUUGUCGAAGCUGUAGAUGACACCAGACGAAGGUAUACGUAUGCUGCGGCAUUCCUGCUCCUGAGUCUGGUCAGCUUCGCAGUUCAGACGGAGACCGCAGUCUAUAUCCAACAUGACCUGCAUUGGAACAAGGCGUAUUGCAUGCUCUAUUUCACGCAUGGGUCCUGGUCAGUGCUGUGGUUUGUCCAGCUUGCCAUCCUCCGUAUGCACAAGUGGUCACAGCCGUGGGACUCAUUUUGGAGGAGACACGUGGCCAUCAUCACAUCCACGGCACAGAUGGUGGAGCAUCGAACGCUAAACGUUCCUCUUCAUCUGCAGAAGAAAUCUCCGUGGCCGUAUUUUGCGAGAACGACGGCAUAUGUGACGUGUGCUCUGACUGUGGCAGGGGCCAGCUGGUACAUUGCCGUGGACAUGACAACAGCCUCUGAUCUGACUGCCAUCUAUAACUGCUCCGCAUUUUUCGCAUACGCUUUUGCUAUUCCACUGCUAGGCGACAGAUUGCAAUGCAACAAGAUUGCAUCCGUCGUGCUGGCGAUCAUCGGUGUCCUUGUAGUUGCGUAUGGAGACCAGGCACACCCUAAGCACGGUAGCAAGUCAGGAGGAGGUGCCGGAGGACCUUCUGCGCCAGACAGCGCGGCAGCAAGCAGUCGCACUCUGGGGAAUCUCGUCAUUGGGGUCGGUAGUGUGCUCUACGGCUUCUAUGAGGUCUUGUACAAGCGAGUGGCGUGUCCACCAAAUGGAUGCUCGCCGACUCGUGGCAUGCUGUUUGCCAACACGUUUGGCAGCAUGAUUGGACUCUUCACCUUGACCGUACUCUGGAUCCCACUUCCUAUUCUACACUAUACCGGGAUCGAGACGUUCGAGCUCCCGAGUGGUGAGGCGGCCUGGAUGCUGGCCAUUUCAGUGCUAUCGAAUGCCACUUUCAGUGGCUCAUUCCUGGUCUUGAUCUCCCUUACGUCGCCCGUGCUGAGCUCCGUGGCGGCUUUGCUGACGAUAUUCCUCGUCGCUCUCUGCGAUGAGUUACUUCCUCCGCCGCUGUACAGCCCCUUGACUUCGGCUGCCAUUACGGGCGGAUUGCUCAUUAUUGCCGCCUUUCUCCUAUUGAGCUGGUUCACUUACAAGGAGAUGGAGGAGGAAAUGCAUAAGAAUGCCGAGGAAGUAGAAUCCGACGUCGAAGACUUAUAG